UACAGACUAUUAUUCAAGUAACAGAGCAAGAUGAGCUAUCAUAUAGACCACUUUAUCUUUAUUAAAUAUCUGACUUUUUUUAAGAAACGCCAUUAACAUCCGUUUCUGAAAAAGUCAUGUCUCAUAUUUUUACGAAUAUAUUAUGUGGUCUAUAUGAUAGUUCAUCUUGCUCUGUUACUUAAAUAAUAGUCAUUAUUCAAUUUAUCAUAAGUCAAAUCAAUAAAAAAAGUAUCUAAGGGAGAACUAGGUAACACUGAACGCGAAGGAAAAAUUGAAAAACGUAUUUUUGGGGGGGUUUGCUUGAGAAAAAUGAGUUUCUGAAUUGUGAACUUUGUAGAUUUUUAUGUUUACUUCAAAGUUCACAAUCCAAAAAAUCAUUUUACCUAAGUAAAUGUUAUAAAUUAUGCGAUUUCCUAAUUUUUUAUUAAACCUUAUGGCGGGGGGUCUAAAUUUACUUCAAUUUUUUUCAAACUUGGUACAUGUAUGUAGUUUGACUAGUACAAUGAUUUUAUGUUAAGGCUCGAUUUUUAAAACUAACACGCAGUCCAAGCGUGCCGAAAAACCGUCAAAAAACACCCAUUUUGACACUUUAUGACUUGGCGGGGGGUCUAGAUUUUAUUUUUUUUUAAGAAAAAAAAAAUGGGGUAGUUUUAUAACCUAUAAGUAAUCUGGAUCCAAAAAGGCCCAUAUGAAAAUAAAAAAAAGUGCGGGAAUGAAACAGACUAGUGUACAGCAUGUUGAUUGCAUGAACUAGAAUGCCAUGAAUAUAGUUUCAAACGGCUGCAAUAUCAUGCUUUUGAACUAGACUUUUAUUGUCAUCUAUAUUGUUAAUACGAUGUCCCUCAUUUUUUAUCAGAAUUGUGGUGUAGCAUAGUGUUAACUAGAAAUUGAAAAGCUAAUUCAAUCGAAUGUACCCAGUAACCUUUGUUGAACAUUUUGUUGUACAUCUUAGGACUGAAUAUAUCAGAAUUUGAUGAAGAGCUGGAAACACUGGAUUGGAAUGGAGAAGACAGAUGUCCUUGUGGAGAAGAUGACAGAUAUUGGCUAUCACAGACGUGCUGGACCUGGACGAAGGACUUGGACCAGACGAACCCCCAGCCUACGGCAACAUCAAAUAAUCCGAUCUGGUAUAAACAGCCGGAAUGCGGAUUACGUCUUUUCAUUGCACAAGUUACAGCCAAUAACUCAAGAUGGCUGCAAAAGGGUUUAUCGUUUGAAUUCCUAAAAAACCUACCAAACAUCAAAACGUUAAAUUGCCAAUUUUAAGUAAAGUAGCCAGACGUUUGUAAAGAAAAAUUGGCGGCGACGUUAAUUAACGCCCUAGAUAUACUAUACUUUUUCAUGCCGACGUUUUGGCAAUCAAAAAGCCGCAGUCGUAUACAAAUCAGCUCGACUGAAGAGUCAUGAAAAGCCAAUCGCAAAUCCUGUUGUUGUUGUCCUGAUGUUGUUCUGCAUAUUGGACUGAGACAAAUACCCUUGCGUCGAUCAAACUUUGAGUCAUCUGAGAUAGACCAAGAGUAAACCAUUAUGCUUAUUGCUUUUCGUGAGAAAUAUAUAAAGAGGAUAAAUUACCAACGAGAUCACUUUGAAAAUGAAAUUUCCUUGAUAGGAAAGCAAAGGGUAGGAUGCUGCAACUUGGAUCAUUGCUGGAAAUCUUUGUCAUAGGCUGCGACUGCGCACCAAAUUGUAUUAUGUUCCUGAAUCCAUGGCGAAUCGACAAGUCACCCAGGAGGAAUGGGCCAUCAUCAACGCAACCGCCAGUGUCAGCCAAGAAAUCCAGGACGAAGUGGUUCCAGUCGUUUUACCCCUGGAACUGCUCAUCAUCAGGAGCAUUGCCGUCAUAUUCGGCAUUCCCAUUCAAUUGCUGGUGGCCUUUGUCAUUUUAAGGUCUCGGCAACUUUAUAACCCGCGCAACGCCUUUUGGCUGGGCAACAUCACCUGUCAUUUCGCCAUUCUCCUCAUGGGCGUCUACGAGUAUUGGUCCGUCAUUUUCAUCCCCACCAUCAGCCGCACUAAAAUCUUUUGCCAGAUUUACACUCUAUUCGUGGGAUCACCUUACACCAGUUUAUUGAUGAGUUUGUUAUUAGCCACAGCUGAUCGCUGGUUCGCCAUCAGCAACCCAAUCAAACAUCGCAAAUACGUAACAGUGGCUGGAGUGGCUGGAUGUCUCAUCACUUCUUGGCUCCUGGUGUUGUUUAUUCUAACGAGUCCUUACUGGUCUGGAAGUAUCCCGUUCCCCGAAUGUGCAGCCAUCAAUUCGUCUUUCUUGAAAUGGGUGGCGUUUUCCCAUUUCGUGAUUGUCGGACUCAUCAUCGUCGCCCAAACGGCCGUUUACGUCAAAACCCGUCACUAUUUACGUUUCCGAGCUCAUCACGCAGCGACUACGGGAGUUCAACAGCAACCAGUUGACGUUUUAUCCUCGGCAUCCAAUUCGUCGACACUCAAACCGGACAAAUACUUUGUGCAUCUGCCGAAUAAAACCAUUUGCCGACUGGAAUUGGAGGCCUCCGUCACUCUGUUUUGCGGAGUGGCUUCAUUGUGCGUCUGCACUCUGCCGAUGGGAUUGGUUUGCAUCUCGAUGGUCAUCUGCAAGUUGAAUCCAUUUCAAUGCACCCACGACGAUGUGGUGGCCGUCUACCCGUACGCCAGAGAAAUGCGCCUGUUGCAUUCCGUCAUCAGUCCGCUGCUGUACAUUCUGAGAAGUCGGGAAUUCGCCAAGGCUUUGAGACGGACCUUUCCUUCGUUGCGAUCUUUUAUUCAACAGGAUCAUGUUGCCGUCAGUCCGCCCCUUUGAGCUCAGAUAUUUAUGCGCGAAUUCUUACACGAAAUGAGCACACGAUGAUACAAUUCAGCGUCUUGCGUGUGUAUUGCUAAUUGAAAUUCUAGUCAGAGAUGCCGACGUUAUCCAACAUUCAAUUGUUGUUGGUUGAUUGAUAUACCGUCGAAACAUCUCGACUAUACAUGACUGUUGCGCCAAAUACAUUUUAUAAGCCAUGUUUCAGAGUAACUGAUUGUUAAUAGAAUAAUACAAUUAAGUUAUUUUUUGUUCCAAGUAUAAAUAAAUGUUACGACUUUUC